AUGAACACCAAUGAAAUGAUUUGGUCCAUGAUAUUUGUUGUAUCAAUCGGAAGAACAAACUCCUUUGACUUUUUAGCUUUUAAAAGGCCGGUGAGUGUUAGUACUAGAUACAACAGUGAGUACUUUUCUCCAAGUAAUGCUGUAGACGGGGAUCGCAGUACAGACCUGUUGAAAUGUACACUGACGGGCUUUGACCAGAAAGAGGCGUGGUUACGGGUAGACCUCGGCUCAAAGAAAAAUAUCGAAUCGAUAUCAAUUCUACAUGGAGGUUUGGGCGUGGAUGCAUCCCCAAUAAGCUCAACUACUUCGGGUGUACUGCCAGAUAAUGACGGUGCAGGACAUGUAUUUCUGGUAGAUAAUGGAACAGUUUGUGGAGAAAAUUUUGGUUCGGGCGAUGCAAUGGUUAUCUGUCUGAUAUGGGGAUUCAUUCCAGAUUAUCCAUCAUACAGGAAAGUGAAUAUGUCUUCUAGGAUUCUUCUAAAUGAUCCCGAAUGUAAAGGGGACGAAGUCAGCAUCAAUGAAUGUCCGAUGGGAGGACGAAAUUGUUCUUCUGGUGAAUCAGUGUCAGUUAAAUGUAAUAAAGGAAAUACCUUUGCUGGUUUCUCCGUUUAUGUAUCUGACACGGAAGACUUUAAAUCGGGCCACGCUUGUCACCAUCAUGCAGUAGAGGAAAUACCAAGCAAUACAAUAUCUUUUCCUUGCAUCACUUCGGGUCGUUACGUCACUAUUUUCAACUCAAGGAAUGCGACUCAACUUCCAUCCUUGUCAGAGUGGGCAUAUAUCAAUAUUUGCGAAUUAAAUGUUGCAGGUUGUGAUUAUGGCUUUUACGGAGGGGAGUGUUCUAGAUGUCCUGGUAACUGUCUAGACGAUAAUUGUCAUGUCCAGACAGGUCUGUGUUCAGGCUGUAAGGAUGGGUUCACAGGACCAACUUGCACUACAGAAUGUACAGCUGGCCUGUAUGGACCGAAUUGCUCUCUGACUUGUGCACAAUGUCGUGACGGAGAAUCAUGUAACAAAAUAAACGGGGCUUGUCCUAAUGGGUGUUCCGCCGGCUGGAUGGGAGAACAAUGUAAUCUAAAAUGUGAUUACGGUUUCUUUGGUCAGGGAUGUAACAAUUCCUGCAACAUUCCUAACUGUAAGAACAGCUCCUCAUGUGAUGACGUCACUGGUGCAUGUCUUCUCGGCUGUAUUGAUGGUUGGACAGGGAAAAUCUGCAAUGAAAAGACCAGUGAUAUGGUCACAUAUAUCAUCAUCGGCUCAGUAUCAUCGAUCAUUUUCAUUAUCUUGGUCGUCGCUGUUUCUGUAAGACUCAUCCAUAAAAAGCCUUGUCAUAAGAAAGAGGAAAGCUUCGAAAAGUCGUCAGCGAAUAGUGUAAAAAGAGAGUAUGAUCAUAUUGCAAAAAUUAGGAUAAAUAAGGAAUUAGAGGCUAACCAGACAUGUUAUAUGGAUACCUCAAUGGAAGACAUUAUAACAAGAUCCCAGCAUGUGUAUGAUGAACCCGAAUUUUAA